GGCGCUUUGAUUAUACUCGACAAGCCUGCCUCCCCUGCUCCCCGAGUCGCCACAGCCUCGCCUUUGAUUGGCUCCCCUCCCUUUCGUCCUCACCAGAGACGAACCCCUCCUCCUGCUGCUGCUGUUGUCGGCUCCGGAGCCAUCCUCUGCUCCGACCACGCAAAUCCCCGACCCCGAGGCAGACACCGGCCAGGCCCCGCGAUGGCAAAGACCAACGACAACGACGCCUUCAGUCCCCCUGUUUCCCAAGAAAGGGUUGUGGUAACAAACAAACAUGGUGAGAGGCUUGUGGGGCUGCUGCAUCACACCGGAUCAAACAAGAUUGUGGUCUUGUGCCAUGGUUUUAUAUCUUCCAAGAAUGACAGCCUCAUUCUUGACCUAGCGGCAGCAUUGACAAAGGAAGGGAUCAGUGUCUUCCGCUUCGAUUUCAGUGGAAAUGGAGAAAGCGAAGGUCAGUUUGAGUAUGGCAACUACAGGAAGGAGGCUGACGAUUUGCAUUCUGUCGUAUUGUAUCUCUAUCAAAAAAGUUACGAUAUAGCAGCUGUUGUUGGUCAUAGCAAAGGAGGAGAUGUAGUGAUUCUAUAUGCUUCUAUUUACAAUGAUGUCAGCAAAAUUGUUAAUUUAUCAGGCCGAUUUGAUUUAAAACAAGGCAUUGAAGAACGAAUAGGGGAAGGGUCUAUCGAUAGAAUAAAUAAAGAAGGCUACCUUGAUGUCAAGGACAAAUCUGAACAUGUCAACUACAGGGUAACCAAAGAAAGUUUGACGGAACGGCUUAAUACUGAUAUGCAUGCUGCAAGUGUUUCCAUAAGUAAGGAAUGCAGGUUCUUAACUGUCCAUGGUUCAGCUGACAAGACCAUACCUGUAGAAGAUGCCCAUGAGUUUGCGAAGCAUAUACCCAACCAUAAACUGCAUAUCAUAGAAGGAGCAAACCAUAACUACACCGCACAUCGCAAAGAAGUUGCUGAUGCAGUAGUAGAUUUCAUCACGUCCGAUGGGGUUUAAGGCUGAGGAGCCCACGUCUCCAAGGUGAAUGUUCAUUCCAGACUGUUUAACACUUGGUCAUACACCUAUUCCCAUUGGUGGACAUGAGCGGUACAGCUCCAAAUUGGACCCUUCAAUACUAGGGCAAUAAUCGACACAGACUUGCAUGGUACUAGGUGUGCAUUAUCUUCUGAACCGAAAAAACUCAUGCCUUGCAGGUUUGAGUGUUUUUUUUUGUUUUUUUUUUGAAACGAGGUUUGAUAUGAUGUUACUGGUAUGUGCUUUAAGAAUUCCUAUAAAUAUCUAACUCCUGGUAGGACUUGUAUGUCGCUGUUGUAUAACUGAUGAAGUUUCAGCAGACUACUUGUGGCUACAUGUUCUGGAUUGA